AUGGAUGUCAAAACAGGAUAAUAACAAGCCAAAUUUGAUGGUCAUACUAGUUUUGUCUACUCAGUCUGUUUCUCUCCUGAUGGAAAUACAUUAGCUUCUGGUAGUUAUGAUAAAUCUAUCCGUCUAUGGGAUAUAAAGAAUGGAAAAGAAAUUUAAUCUGAUGACAAAAAUUAUAAAUAUAUUCUUACCUAGUUUUAAAUACCACUUUAGAAGAGCUCAUUAUUACCAAAUAGUAUUUAUUAUUUAUUAUUAUUUAGUUGGGCCAGAUAGUACAAUACUUAGGAUUUGUUAGAAUUUGAAUAAAGGUUUUAAUUCUUUCCCUAAAUGA